AUGAAACGAACCUUCGAAGAAAAUUCCACGUCCUCUCUUGAAUCGAGUCAAAAAAAGACCAAACACCACGCCAGUAAUGGCUCAUCAUCAUCGGCACCUACAACGGUGAUUUCUUUUACUGAUUUUUCAUUAAGUGGAAUGCUUGCUUCUUAUCAACAAUCAUCCGAUAUUUCUCAUAAACACCCAAUGUUGCAUUUGCUGUCGUUUCUUCCGGUUGAAGAUUUGUUGUUAAAUGUGGCAUUGGUUUCAAAGAAACUAUAUAGAGCCUGUAUGGAUAGUGUUGAGGAAUUAGUGUUGGAUUGUGAUGAAAUGAAUUUGAGUAGCGGAAAUGGAGUAUCGGAAGAUGUAACUCAACUCAUUGAAAUUGUGAAUAGAUUUCCUAGAAUGAAAACUCUCUCUCUGGACGGAUUGGAGUGGUUUAAUGAUUUAUGUUUGAGCAGUCUUUUAGAAAAGUUACCUCCCAAUUUAUAUGACUUGCACAUUCGGGAAUGUGGACUUGACUCUCCCUCUCUAGUUGAUAGAAAAUUACUAAAUUCUGGAACGUUUCAAAAUCCAACAACACCAUCACCAUCAUCCACCAUUCUUCAAGAAAAAUCUCCAAUUCAACAGUUGAAAUAUCUUCGUUUCAGUUCAUGUACAUUUACGUCUAUUGAAGUGAGAGCUCUCAAAGAAUUACUUUCACUCGAGUUUUAUGAUUGUUCGCUGGGUGAUGGCGGAUUGAAACUUGCCAACGUUCCAAAACUCGAAAAAUUAGUUUUAUUUAAAUGUGCCAAUGUUUCCGAUCUUGCAUUGUUAAAUACCUUGAAACCAUUGUUGGUGGAAGAACUUGAAGACUUGAAUAGAAGUUUUAAUACUCAAGAUGAAGAAAUUGCCAACGGAGACAAACCUGCAAGGAAUGAUGAUGACAGCAUCUUUGAUAUUCAUGUGAAUUUCAGGAAAAGAAAAUACGGGGCAUUGAAAAAGCUCUUCCUUACUGAAUGUGAACCUUUGCAGAAUCCUGUCAUUCAAAGCAACACUUUGGAGGAAAUCAAAAUUAUUAAUUGCAAGUUCAUCUCCAAACCAUUCAUUUCAUGCCCUCAGCUCACUAAACUUCAAUUGAACUGGUGUGAAAAUUUGAAAAACCUAAGUCUCGCUUGUGACAAUCUUCGUUCGAUUGAUCUAACUGGAGCAGGUGUUACUUACAGUUCGAGCAGCCAAUCCAACAGCCAAGGUAGUGCGACCAAGAAAGAAGAAAAUACAGUGCUGCAAAAUGUUGUUGGCUCUCUCAAACGAUUUUAUGGCGAUCAUAUCACUAUAACUCUUUAA